AUGUCUGAAAGAUCAAUCUCUCCUCUUGAUAAGGCAAUCGUGAAUAAAAUAUGUGCAGGUCAGGUCGUGGUAACACUGGCUUCUGCUAUCAAAGAAUUGCUGGAAAAUAGCAUCGAUGCGGAAGCAACAAAAAUAGAUAUCCGUCUCAAGGAUUAUGGUUGCGAAUCUAUUGAGGUGGUGGAUAAUGGUCUUGGGAUCGAAGAAGCUCAAUUUGAAAGGAUAACUAAAAAGCACUGCACUUCAAAACUGCGCUCAUUUGAAGAUUUGGCCAGCGUGACAACCUUUGGUUUUCGCGGGGAAGCACUUUUCUCUCUCUGUCAGUUGGCGGAGCUCAUCAUUCACACAUGUUCAGCUGAUGCGACCUAUGGCACGCGUCUGCAGUUCGAUGCAAACGGAUGCAUUGCGGCUAAACGCCCAUUGGCUCGUUCGAGAGGUACCACGGUCAUUGUCAAUCGUUUGUUUCACAAUCUUCCCGUUCGACGUAAAUAUCUUGCCGAACCGGCCCAGAUGAUCAAGGAGUUCUCCAAAGCGGUCAAUGUCCUGACGGCAUAUUGUUUGGUCGCAGUCAAUAAGCAGAUUACGUGCACACGUGUUGGCAAAUCCGGAGAAAAAGUAUUGGUCGUUUCCAAUGGUGCGUCUACGUCUUUACAGGACAAUAUUGCUGCCGUGUUUGGACAAAGUCAGUUGAACUGUUUGAUCCCGCUGCUCCAGGUGACAACAGUGCGGAGCGAUGUGCUUGCAGAAUUCGGUAUCAAAGAUCCGAUUUUGGAUGAGAACAUUGAACUGCAUGGCUAUAUCAGCAAACCUCCCGGGGUAGAAGCUAACGUUAGCAUUCGUCCCCCUGGUUCUCGAGUUAGUCCCAAAACGGAUAAUGCUGGUCAUGGUCGGUCAAGUGCUGAUCGCCAAUUCGUCUUUGUGAACGGUCGUCCAUGCGAUAUGCCAAAAAUCAAUCGAAUGGUCACCGAUUUAUGGCGCCGAUGUUCACGUGAGACAAUCAGCCUCUCUUCAUCGGGAUUACGUAUGCCCGUACAAAGCACAAGCUCCCGUUAUCCUGUGUUUGUGCUUUGCUUUCAGGUUCCUACAGACAUUGUGGAUGUGAAUCUAACCCCCGACAAACGUACCUUGUUGCUGCAAAAUCAAAACCAAGUUUUAGCUUUGACAAAGGCCGUACUCCUUCAAACAUUGUUCAGAUCUAACGGAGUGGAUCUGUUGUCUCUGACGAACAAAUCGUUCGAAACGGAUGUGUCGGCUAUCGAGAUUGUGGAUCUACCAAUAGAUCUGCCUUCUCCAGCAGUCCAAAAAAAGCGACCGUUCGUUUUCGAGCCAUCUGUGCAGGCAUCCAAAAAAGUACCUACCGAAAAUUGCCUGUUGCAAAAUAAUUACAGCCUGGUCAUCCCUUCUUCAACUGAGGAACCGCGGCUGGUGCCCAUCCCAUCUCUUGCAUUCGAGAAAUCAGGUUACACCGAAAAUAUUGAUGAAUUCGAUAACAGAGAUGCUGAUGGAGUUGGCUCAGCCGAAAAUCCGCUGGAACUGCGACCCUCCGUCCCAUUGGAAUUCUCUUUCACGAAGUUGAAACAGUCCUUGUCUUCGGUAUCAACAGAUUUGUCGACUGUGUGCUCAACUAGUUCCACUAGUGCAUUCUCUCUCGGAAAUUUCCGUGCGGAAGAUUCGAAUGCCGCCGAGGGAGAACUGACCACUUACUUCAACAAAUCUUCCUUCCAUGAAUUGGAAGUUGUUGGUCAGUUCAAUUUGGGAUUUAUUAUCGGACUUCACAAUCAGGAUUUGUUCAUCAUUGACCAGCACGCAAGCGAUGAGAAGUACCGAUUCGAACAAUUGUGUGCCGACCAUCGAUUUGUCUGUCAGCCAUUAGUAGUACCACGAGCGUUGGACUUAUCUGUCGGUCAGGAACAACUUCUUUUGAGCAAUUUGGAUGUGUUUGCCAAAAGUGGCUUCGCGUUCCAUGUUGAUGAAAGUGCUCCUUGUGGAAGACAGGUUCAACUGACUGCGACACCGAUGGUGGGGAACAAAGUUUUCGGUCGUGCAGAUGUAGAGGAAAUGCUUUUCGUGCUCGCUGAAAGCUGUUCUCGUAAUUGUCGACCAACUCGUCUUCGUGAUAUCCUGGCAUCAAGGGCGUGUCGUAGUGCCGUGAUGAUUGGAACCGCACUGGAUCAUGGGAAAAUGCGUCGGAUAAUUCGCAAUAUGGGCACGAUGGAGCAUCCCUGGAAUUGCCCUCACGGUCGACCCACAAUGAGACACUUAUUCCAUCUGGGUCGUUUGGGCAUUGAGAACUGA